AUGAGAAUUGCUUUUAGAAAAGCAAGGAAGUAUGUAAGACUACAUAUAAAUUUAUGUUUUUGUAGGAUGCCUCCUAAAAGAAGAACCUCUGCUGAGAAGGAGUCUUCUCGCCAACGUCUGAGAGCUCUAGAGAAUGCUAUCAUUGCCCGCGCAAAUCGAUCCACAGGUCCGGCUAACAACCAGUUUGUCUUUGAUCGGUUUGAUCGUCACCGUCCCCCAGCCUAUGAGGGUACUGUCGAUCCUGUAGUUCUCGAAGGUUGGUUGCGUGAGAUAGAAAAACUCUUUUACGCGACCGGCUGCCUGGAUGCUGAAAAGGUAGCUAUUGGCUCGUAUUACCUGAAGAAAGAGGCUGACAACUGGUGGGGUAUGGUCAAAGCUGAAUGUCUUGCUACCACUGGCUUUGGGUGGGAACAGUUCUCCACGAAGUUGAAGGAGAGAUUCUAUCCGGACGAGUUGAGGUGGCUGAAAAGAGAAGAGUUUCUCUCUCUGGAACAAGGUUCUAUGUCAGUGCAAGCAUAUACUGACAAGUUCACAGAGUUGUCUCGUUUUGCUACUGUUUUGAUCCCUUCUGAAGCUGAGAAAGUGAGGUUGUAUGUGAGGAGGUUAGACGCCCGGAUUAGGGUACCAGUGAUGUGUUCAGGUGCUGCUACUUUCCAGAAGGCUUAUGAAGUUGCCCUUAGUGCUUAUGCUGCAGUUCAGGAGGAAGAAGCUGCUAGGCGUGCUCUCACAGCCAAGAGGCCCCCUCCCUCAUUUCAUACCGCAAACCCCUCCAAGAAGUCUAAGCUUAUUCCUGCAAAGAAGGAGAAUACUUCUGAUUCUAGACCGAAGAAGUGUUUCAAGUGCCAGAAAUAUUGGCACCCUGGAAAAAGUUGUGAUGGUUCUGCUGUCAAGUGUUUCUAUUGCAAUGGUGAGGGUCACCGUUCGUACUCUUGCCCUAAGAAUUCUGAUGCAGGCAAGACAAUUACUGGUGGUAAUGCCCCUCUCCGCAACAGGGUUUAUAAUAUGAUCGAAACCGAGGAAGAAUCAGAUGUUGAUGUCAUUGCCGGUACUAUUCUCGUGAACUCUAUUCCUGCUUAUGUUUUAUUUGAUACUAGUGCUACUGCUUCUUUCAUCUCUUCUUCCUUUAUUGAAAAAGCCAAGUUGAACUCUUCUAUGUCUGUUAAAUCUGUGAUUUCUCUUCCUAAUGGGGGGAAAAUUUCUUGUCAUCGCGCUUUUCGAAGUGUUCCUGUUAUCAUUAACGAGGUAGAACUGACUGCAAAUCUUAAAGAGUUCCCCAUGGACGAAUUCGAUGUGAUAUUCGACAUAGAUUGGUUGAAGGAAUACCUUGUUGUAUUCCAUUGUAGGGAUGAGAAGGUGGUGUUGAGAAACCAUAAAGGGGAGAGAGUUUCUUAUUUUAACACCAAAGCAAAGCCUGGUGUGAAAAUCGUCUCUGCAAUGAAGAUCAUGAAAAUACAAAGGAAAGGGAAUGAAGUUUUCUUGUGCAAAGUGACUGAAGUCUCCGAAGGUGUUAAGCUUGAAGACAUUCCCAUUGUCAGAAACUAUCUAGAUGUAUUUCCCGAAGAAUUACCUGGAAUCUCUCCCAAAAGAGAUUUGCAAGAGCUUAUCGAUAAGGGUUUUAUACGGCCCAGUGCUUCUCCUUGGGGUGCUCCAGUUCUAUUUGUGAAGAAGAAAGAUGGUAGUAUGCGACUGUGUAUUGACUACCGUGAACUGAACAAGACUAGAUAUGGGCAUUAUGAAUUUGUCGUCAUGCCCUUCGGUCUUACGAAUGCCCCUGCUGUGUUUAUGGACCAGAUGAAUAGGUCCUUUCACGAGUUGUUGGAUGAAUGUGUAGUUGUCUUCAUUGACGACAUCCUGGAGGUGGCAUUUCUAGGCCAUGUUAUUAGCAAGGAAGGUAUGAAGGUUGAUCCAGUGAAGAUUAAAGCUAUUCUAGAAUGGGCAAGUCCCUCUAGUGUAACUGAAGUUCGGAGUUUUCUAGGACUUGCAGGCUAUUAUUGA